CAUAUGCUGACUCUGUGGCUGCUUGCUGCUGCUCUUAAGUAGCUUUUUGGAUAUUGAGUCCUUUUUAAGUGCUCUGCAAAGAAAGUGUUUGGGGUUUUGGUUUUUCCCCCCCUCCUUCCCUUGAAAGGAAGAAUGAUUCCUGAAAUCAGAGAGCUUUCCUUUUUCCUGGGAUUUUUGCUGCUUUUUAUUGCCUCUGAGAUUGAAGCCAGAGCUCGUCCGGAUAUGUUCUGUGAUUUUAAUGGCAAGAAGUACGGUCCAGGAGAGAGCUGGCAUCCCUACUUGGAACCCCAGGGGCUGACGUACUGCAUCCGAUGCACCUGUUUGGAGAAUGUGAAUGUGAGCUGUUACCAAAUCCAGUGCCCAGCCUUGCAUUGUGUAAAGCCUGUCACUGACCCGCAGCAGUGCUGCCCUCGCUGUGCAGAGCCGCACACGCCGUCUGGUCUCCGGGCGCCUGUGAAGUCUUGCCAGUACAACGGGACAACCUACCAACCAGGGGAGAUGUUUACCACGAGCGAACUCUUCCCUUCUCGGCAGCCAAAUCAGUGUGUACAGUGCAGCUGCUCCGAAGGCCAGAUUUACUGCGGCUUGGUGACCUGCCCUGAUCUGUUGUGCUCCUCUCCUCUAACUGUGCCAGACUCCUGCUGCCAAGUCUGCCAAGAUGGUUCCUAUGAGAAGUCAAUGGAAGAGGAGCCCCUGCAGUUAAACAGAGGUGUUAGACAUUCUCAAGACCAGUGCUUGGGGGAUCUGGUGAGCAAGAGAUUGCUUGGCGAGACUGCUUCCGCUGUGAUCAGUUCCUCGCUGGAGUUCAUUCCCAGGGGCUUCAAGCCAAAAGGAGGUGGAGGUGGCACCACCGUCAAAUUCAUCUUGAAAGAAAAGCACAAGAAAGCUUGCGUUUACAAUGGGAAGACCUACUCCCAUGGAGAAGUGUGGCAUCCUGUCUUCCGACUGUAUGGAGUCCUACCAUGCAUCCUAUGUACCUGCACGGAUGGGAUCCAGGAUUGCCAGAAGGUUACAUGUCCCAAGGAAUAUCCUUGUGAAUAUCCUGAGAAAGUAGAAGGGAAAUGUUGUAAAGUAUGUCCAGAUGCCAAAGUCAAGCCGACUGAUGAAAUAAAUACGCCCAGAUGUGCCCAGAAUCUGAACAGGGUAUUGGUCUACAUGUUUGUGCCACCUGGUUCCGAGAGCCCACAGGAAAACCUGAGAAAAAUUGCAGUCGAGAAAGACUCUUCUGAAGAGGUGGAAAUUUACAGCUGGAAACUGGUAAAAGGAAUAUUUCAUCUGAUACAGGUCAAGAAGAUCAGGAAAGAGGAGUUCAAUCUAGAAGCGCAGAACUUUAGGCUGGUCACCAGAACAAAUGAAGGUCACUGGAACAACUUCAGAGCCCAAACAUCAGGGCUUAAGAUGACAGAGAGUCCAGAGAAAGAAACAAAGAACUUGUAAAAAAAAACACAAACAAAUAUAUAUAUAUGAAAAAGUUGCAUUAUUAAAUAAACUCGCACAGCAAUAAAAGGAAAAAAAGACGGAUGUAAACUAAAAACUCAAGCAAUCAAACCAACGACGACAACAGAUCUGAGUCUGAAACACGGCUACAACCAUGGAUGUGACACCCUUUGGAAUGUUCCCAGAGAUGGGUUGGGGGACUCAACCCCUCGUCUCCUGCUCGUCAACGAUUUCAGGUGUGCCCAAAAAGGAGGAGAAGACAGGAGUGGUGCGCUGUGAAGAGAGAAAAUACGGGCUCUGGUUCCCACCUGUUUUGUAUCUCUAGCCAGUAUCAUGGGCUACCAGUGAAAACAGUACAGGAGUCUUAUUCCUUCUACCGUUAUCAUCUUAAAGGAGACCUGCAAAGAGACAAAAUCGCCUUUGUUUCCUUUUUAAGCAUCGUUGUGAUGUACAAAGCAUUUGUUUUGUUUAAAAUACAAACCAGCUAUAUUACUUUAGAAAUAUCAGCUCUUGAAUCUGUUUUAGCUGGAAGACUCCUUGGAGGACUGGAGAACUAGUGAUGUUAUAAACCAAUCGUGGCAAAUUUCCCAGGGAUGUAGCCUCUUUGCAGACUGGCUUAGGCCCUAAUUCAGC